CCCCAGGCUCUCGACAUGUCGAUGCUGGCUGAGCGAAGGCGGAAGCAGAAGUGGGCUGUGGACCCAAGAAACACUGCGUGGAGCAAUGACGAUUCCAAGUUUGGCCAGAGGAUGCUAGAGAAGAUGGGGUGGUCUAAAGGAAAGGGUUUAGGGGCUCAGGAGCAAGGAGCCACAGAUCAUAUUAAAGUUCAAGUUAAAAAUAACCACCUGGGACUUGGAGCUACAAUCAAUAAUGAAGAUAACUGGAUUGCUCAUCAGGAUGAUUUUAACCAGCUUCUGGCUGAGCUGAACACUUGCCAUGGGCAGGAAACAACAGACUCCUCAGACAACAAAGAAAAGAAGACUUUCAGCCUUGAAGAAAAGUCUAAAAUCUCCAAAAACCGUGUUCACUAUAUGAAAUUCACAAAAGGGAAGGAUCUAUCAUCUCGGAGCAAAACAGAUCUUGACUGCAUUUUUGGGAAAAAACAGAGUAAGAAGACUCCUGAGGAUGAUGAUUCCAGCCCUGCCACUCCAGAUGGGAAUGUAUCCUCCACUACAACGACCAGUGCCUUCACCAUCCAGGAGUACUUUGCCAAGCGGAUGGCGGAGCUAAAGAAUAAGCCACAGGUCAUAGCGGCAGGGCCUGACCUUGCAGAGAACCGAAUAGAAAGAAAAAGGGGAAAGAAGAGAAAAAAAGGGGCAAAAGAUAAAAAUGUGGAGACUUACACUGAACCCCAGGCCAAGAAGAAGAGAGACCAAGUUGAACGGCAGCUCGGAGACUCUUGUUGGGAUGAGAAUUCUGGUGUUUCUGCUGAGGAUGGAGAGGAUUGUGUGUGGCCCCCUGAUGACCAGGACAUUACCCCAAAGCCCAAAAAAAGGAGAGAAAAGAAAAAGCUACAAAAGCAAGUUGAGGUAGCAGUGGAUGCUACGUUACACGACAUACCAGUAAAGAAGACAAAGAAGAAGAAGAAGAAAGGUUCCGAAUAA